AUGGCCGGUAUGGGUUCAUUUGUUGUGGCCUUCAGGUGGUGGAGCUCGGAGACAGUUGCCGUUGUGACUGGAGGCAACAAGGGCAUUGGUUUAGAGGUCGUGCGGCGACUGGCACUGGAAGGUCUCACAGUCAUACUAACCGCUGGCGACAGCGGUCGUGGGUUAAAAUCGACUCAAUUUCUCCAUGCCCAAGGAUUACACAAUGUUGUCUUUCAGAAGCUAGAUGUAAGUGAUUCUCGAUCUGUGGCGGAUUUCGCCGAUUGGACAGGAAGGCUUGACAUUCUAGUGAACAAUGCCGCCGUCUUCCACAAUAAUUGCGUGUUUGAGAAUGCCUUCGAGACCUUGAAGAUAAAUUACCGGGGCAUUGUCGCUGUAAUCGAGGAGCUGCUGCCGCUGUUUAGAGCGUCUCAUGUGGGUGCCAGGAUCGUCAACAUGAGUUCCUUUGUAGGCCGGUUGAUCAGCGUAAAUGAGAAAAUCUGAAGAAACAGCUGAACGAACCAUCCC